AAACGUUAGUAUUCUCUUUGCGAAUCAAGCAGUUGAUACGACGCUUCAGCCCGGGACAGAACGCGUUGUUUACCAUUUGAUACUAAAAGUUAUAACCUCAACUUGUAUUUGUAAAGUUGUAGAUAUCUAAAUAAAUAAUAUACAUAUGUGCUGAAUAUGGUUGUAACAUGUGCAAUUGAGUUUGACAAUAAUCCCUACGGCACCUACUUUGCUGGUCAAGUCAUGACGGGUAAAGUUACGCUGCAAGCGGACAUGCCGAAGCAGGUGAAAGCCAUCGUGCUGAAAAUUAGCGGUUGCGCAGAUACAAGUUGGACGGAAAGCUCCAGCAGCACAACAACAAAUGCACAUGGACGUUCGAGCACUAAAACCCAGACAACACACUACAGAGGUCAUGAGGAUUAUAUAAAAUCGAAGACUUACUUGCUCAGCUCCAACGAAAACCAAUCUGCCGUGAUUGAGCCGGGCAUACAUACCUAUACAUUUGCCUGCCUGUUACCCAUCACCUGCCCUUCGUCCUUCGAAGGCAUCUAUGGUUAUAUACGAUAUAUGGCCAGGGUGGAACUCGUGCGACCAUGGAAGUUCAAUCAGAAUUUUACGCGAGGAUUUACGGUUUUGAAAAUGAUGGAUCUAAACUACGACAGUCCUUUAUUGCGAGUGCCUAGCAAAUCGGAAGCACAAAAGGUCUUCUGUUGUGGGCCUUGUAAAACACAGCCAUUGGAGGUGCACGUUUCCUUGCCACAAAGUGGCUAUGUGCCUGGACAAGCGAUACCAGUGAGCGUACUCAUAUCAAACGAAACCAAGAUAAAAGUCGAAGAACUCAAAAUAGAAUUGGUAAUGCUCGUUUGCUAUUACAGUCAAGUGCCAUUGACACAUACGAAGAAUCAACGCAUACCGGUGCUGAAGUUGAAAGGUGAUGGCGUGCCGGUGCAUUGCAAAAAACAAUUCGACUAUGAGCUCAUUGUGCCGGCUACGCCGCCAACGUGCUUCAAUCUAUGCCGCAUCAUACAGAUCGCCUAUCAAGUUGAGGUUGUGGCAAAAGUGAAAGGUUGGCAUGCGGAUCAGGUCAUCUGUGUGCCCGUCACGAUAGGCAAUGUGCCGUUGCUCGGCGUCAUACAAAAGCAACCAAAGCCGUCAGCUGACAACCUCGUCCCCAGCGGUAAUGGUGUUAUGAACCGUUCAUUCGUGGCGGAUGACGAAAGCGGCAAUCUUCGCGAAAUGAAGUCCACCGAAGCUAACCAGCUGCAGUCUACCGUGCAAGAGAACCCGAUACAAGUAAACAGCGGUGCUGUGACAAGUUCUGCCAUAACCCCUGCUCUGCCCAAUCCCUGGGACGCAGAUGCCAGUAUACCACCACCGUCUUAUGAAUCCGCAGUGCAUAUCAAACCAGCAAAACUUAACCUUGAUGAAGGGCAAGAAUACGGCGAAACCGAAUUUGCACCACGUUAUCCUGUCUUCAAAAUGUCGUGUCCGAGCGCAUCAGACAGAGACGAAGUUGAUGCCAGGCCUAGGGUGGAUGGUGUAGCAACUAGUGGUGUUUCAUCAGCGCAAAAUAGCACUUGGCUGUGACUUAGAGCUGAGAGUGUGAAUAAAUAAAUAAAAACUUAUAAACAAAGCAA